AUGUGCGACUUCUCUCAAUAUGGCGGAGCCAGCGAGGAGUUCUCCGAGCUCCUCAAGACAUUACCAGACCCCGGCGAGCAGUCAGUGGAAGAUCUCAAAGCCACCGUCAACCUCGGUCGAGAAGAAGUAUCCUCCGAAGAGAUGAAGACCCUCGCACCAAAAGUUCUCAUGAAAGACCACUCCCUCACCACAGCCGACGGCGAAACGCUUCCCCUUCGCAGCUAUCGCUCCAGCUCUCUCCCAGAAGACGAAAAGCUCCCCAUCUACAUCCACUUUCACGGCGGCGGGUUUCUCUUCGGCACUCUCGACAGCGAAGACGCAGCUUGCGCUCGCAUUGCGAUCGAUGUCAAUGUGGUAGUUCUGAAUGUCAAUUACCGGCACACGCCCGACUGGGUCUUUCCCGCCGCCUGGCUCGAUGCCGAAGAAGCCUUCGAAUGGGCAUACACCAACGCCUCCGACUUCGGCGGCGAUGCUUUGCAAAUCGUCAUCGGAGGUAUCUCAGCAGGAGGCCAUCUCUCCGCCGCACUAGCACAGACGCUCCAGCGGGAUGGCAAACCUUCAUACUCGAGUCUGAAAGGGCAGGUCCUGAUGAUACCCUGUGUCGUGCACGAGCAAUUGGCCGGUCCAUUGCUAGCGCAGAUGAAAGACUCGACGGUGUCGUCUUACAAGGAGAAUGAAUUCGCUCCGAUCUUGCCAUUGAGCAGGAUGAGGUUGUUCAACGGGCUCGCGUACCCGAAACUUCCGGACGCCAGCGAUCGGCGAGCGAAUCCUGGGCUUGCGACAGGGCAGGAAGUGGAGGGACUGCCGCCCGCGACGGUGGGGAUUUGUGGAUUGGAUCCUUUGAGGGAUGAGGCGUUUCUGUAUGCGAGUUUGCUGGCUGAGAAUGGGGUACCGACCAAUGUGCACUUGUUCAAGGGAGUGCCGCAUGGCUUUCGACGAUUCGGAGACAAGCUCUCUGCCAGUGCUCACUGGGAUCAGGUCAUGCAUGAUGGGAUCAGGUGGGCGUUGAGCGGACCUCAGGCGGAGAAGGAGGUUGUGGUCAAUGUACAUUGA